GUACCACCUUACCGCUAAAUCUUUUGUUCUAUUCGGCCAACAAUACACUGGGUUGGGAAAAGUGUAUCUUUUUCGUUGAAUUUAUAACAAAUUCAACGCAAAAAAAAACGAUUACAUUAAGCAGAAUGCUGCUGUUCGUGUGAAUAGUACAGGUUAGUUGUGCAAAACGGCCUGAAAAGUGGAUCGAUAAGGCGUAGAGGUCUUCAGUUUUCGUUGCGUUCAGAAGGGUCGUUGACUACAGACUGUGCAAACAUUGGUUUGUUGGUGCAGCUAUACAGUGUAAGGGGUGGGGUGGACGUGGUUUGAAACCGGCACAAAAGCUACUCGUGGAAGGAAGUUAGGAAAAUAAUACGAACAAAACAACGCUUGUUCGGCGAAAAGAAUCCUCGACCGUCCAAGUAAGCAGCACGUAGUUGUAGGCUGCUUGUGGGAGGGUGCGUGUGUGUGAGUGUGUGUGUGUGCGGUUCGUUGUGUGUGUUGCAUCCGGUACAGCGAUAUCGAAGUAACACGAUAAAGCAUUAUGACGAGACACAGUUCUGUCACCGGCGGAAUGGGCAAGUUGGCCGUAGCUUUCCUUCCGCUGCUCUGCUUGCUGUCGGCGGGACUGGUGGAAGCUUUCUACCUUCCCGGAUUGGCGCCGGUCAACUAUUGCCGAAAGUCAGAAAUGCAAAAGUCAUGCAAGUCCGAGGUAACGCUGUACGUGAAUCGACUCAACACGGAAGAGUCGGUGAUUCCGUACGAGUAUCAUCACUUUGAUUUCUGUCCCAUCGACGAAGCGAACUCGCCAGUGGAAAACCUUGGCCAGGUGGUGUUUGGCGAGCGCAUCCGCCCAGGACCGUACAAGAUUCAGUUUCUCGAGGAUGUAAAGUGCGCCAAGGCUUGCGUGAAACACUACAAGGGAGGCGAUCCGGACAGUGACCAUCGGCUGAUGGUGCUGAAAAAGGGUAUGAGUCUUAACUAUCAGCAUCAUUGGAUCGUCGACAACAUGCCCGUCACCUGGUGCUAUCCGCUGGAAAACGAGCGUCAGUACUGCAGCACCGGCUUCCCGAUGGGUUGCCUGGUGCGCCGACACCCGGACGGCGAGGAAGGGUGCAUUACGAAUCCGAACUACAACCGGGCCGGCUACUAUUAUCCGUUCAACCACGUCGACCUGACCAUCACGUACCACAGCGGUGCUACGGAGGAGUGGGGUGUGGCAUUCAAGCAGAACGGUGGACGCAUCAUCUCCGUCAAGGUGGUGCCAUCGUCUAUUAACCACAAGGACCCGAACGAGCUGAACUGCGACAGCAAGGAACCGAUCGAAAUCCAAUCAAGCGCUCUCCCCAACGGCCAAACGCUCGACAUCGUGUACACGUACUCGGUGCACUUUACGCAGAACAACAAGAUUAAGUGGUCGUCCCGAUGGGACUACAUCCUCGAGUCGAUGCCGCACACCAACAUCCAGUGGUUCAGCAUUCUGAACUCGCUCGUAAUCGUGCUGUUCCUUUCCGGCAUGGUGGCGAUGAUAAUGCUGCGCACGCUGCACAAGGACAUUGCGCGAUACAAUCAGAUGGAUUCGGGCGAGGACGCGCAGGAAGAGUUCGGCUGGAAGCUGGUGCACGGGGACGUGUUCCGACCACCGCGCAAGGGCAUGCUGCUUUCCGUGUUUUUGGGCUCGGGUAUACAGGUCUUCUGCAUGACGCUGGUAACGCUAGCGUUCGCGUGCCUUGGCUUCUUGUCGCCGGCCAACCGUGGCGCCCUUAUGACCUGCGCCAUGGUGCUGUUUGUGCUGCUCGGUACACCGGCCGGUUACGUUUCGGCCCGCAUCUACAAGAGCUUCGGUGGCAUCAAGUGGAAGAGUAACGUACUGCUAACUUCCAUGCUGUGUCCGGGUGUCGUGUUUGGACUGUUCUUCGUAAUGAAUUUGAUACUGUGGAGCAAAGGCAGUUCCGGCGCGGUUCCAUUUUCGACUCUGAUUGCGCUGCUGGCCCUCUGGUUUGGUGUAUCCGUUCCGCUCACGUUCGUUGGAGCUUACUUUGGUUUCCGCAAGAGGUCACUGGAGCAUCCCGUUCGAACUAAUCAAAUUCCGCGCCAAAUUCCGGAUCAGUCGAUCUACACGCAACCCAUCCCGGGCAUCAUUAUGGGCGGUGUGCUACCGUUCGGUUGCAUUUUCAUCCAGCUGUUCUUCAUCCUAAACUCGCUGUGGUCGAGCCAGAUGUACUACAUGUUCGGAUUUCUGUUUUUGGUGUUUUUGAUCCUCGUUAUCACCUGCUCGGAGACGACGAUUCUGCUGUGCUACUUCCACCUGUGCGCCGAGGACUACCAUUGGUGGUGGCGAUCUUUCCUCACUUCCGGCUUCACCGCCGUCUAUCUGUUCGUGUACUGCUGUCACUAUUUUGCCACGAAGCUGCAGAUUGAGGAUGCGGCCUCGACCUUCCUCUACUUCGGCUACACUCUGAUUAUGGUGUUCCUGUUCUUCUUGCUGACCGGUUCGAUAGGGUUCUUUGCCUGUUUCUGGUUCAUCCGUAAAAUCUACAGCGUGGUAAAGGUGGAUUAAAAGUUCGCCUGCUGCCAGGCUGAAUUCAGCGUGUGUUUUCGUUUCCGGUAGAUUAGCUCUUUCCGUUUUUUGGCACACUUUCCGACUUGGGUUAGUUUAUCCGCUGCUUUCGACACCUUAUAUUUAAUUGUAUCAUAUUGUCUAUUUCUCCCACCCCACCUACACCGAUUUUGAUUGUGCUUUGCACAGUAACAGCGCAUCUUUGCUUCAAAACAAUGGAAAACCCAAACCGUGCUGUUGUCUAUGGUUUAAUUAGGUUAUUGCGCUGCUCGCGCUCGAACAGAGCUUUGAUUGCGCAGCCCUUUCGUUACGAAGAGCUCGACGAUUGGAGUAGAGCUAGCAACACCGACAAUACGCGCAUUACAUACUAA